AUGCAGAAAUACGUCCACAAAUCUUCCGGCGGCCUCGUUGCGCGCGAGAGAGAUCAGAAGAGGACGUAUGCCCAUACUGAUCGCUUGAUCGCUUUGAGUUGCGGCGCAAGCAUCUGGUUAUGCGGUACUGGGCUUAGCACCAUCGGGUUGGCGAUGCAAGACCAAAGCCACAACACCCUGCUAAGAAACUGGCAAGAUCUUGUGGCUGGUCCAGUACAGCAGUCAUCCAGUACAGCCUUGGCGGGAAGCAUAGCCUUGUGCAGCGUUGGGUAUGUGACGGCAUGUAUGGUAGCUUAUCACCGGGAUCCAAAUUUUGUCGCAGUUACGACUGCAGUUUGCGUCGUUGCAGUUUUUGUAGAAGGCUUGUGGAAUGGCCUCAAUGUGAGCCUCAUGGAGAGGCUGGCAGUGGUGAUGCCGUUAGCAAUCAACAUCGGCGUCACCUUGGCGUUGAAUCGUCAAAGAACUCCAAUGUCCCGGAGUGUACGAAUAGUCGACGACAAUGCAUAG